CCGCGGCGCUGGAGCCGGGGCGGGGCGUGCGUGUCAGCCGGGCUAGAAAAGGCGGCGGGGCCGGACGCCGCGAGGUGACAGCCGCGCUGGGACGCAGAGCCGGCCCGACGCCGCCAUGAGCGCCGCGCUCUUCAGCCUGGACGGCCCGGCGCGCGGCGCGCCCUGGCCCGCGGAGCCCGCUCCCUUCUACGAGCCGGGCCGGGCGGGCAAACCGGGCCGCGGGGCCGAGCCGGGGGGCCUGGGCGAGCCGGGCGCCGCCGCCCCCGCCAUGUACGACGACGAGAGCGCCAUCGACUUCAGCGCCUACAUCGACUCCAUGGCCGCCGUGCCCACCCUGGAGCUGUGCCACGACGAGCUCUUCGCCGACCUCUUCAACAGCAACCACAAGGCGGGCGGCGCGGGCGGCCUGGAGCUGCUGCCCGGGGGCCCCGCGCGCCCGACCCCCGCCGCCCCGCGCCCGCUCAAGCGCGAGCCCGACUGGGGCGACGGCGACGCGCCCGGCUCGCUGCUGCCCGCGCAGGUGGCCGCGUGCGCGCAGACCGUGGUGAGCCUGGCGGCCGCCGCGCAGCCCACGCCGCCCACGUCGCCGGAGCCGCCCCGCGGCAGCCCCGGGCCCAGCCCCGCGCCCGGCCCUGCCCGGGACAAGGGCGCGGGCAAGCGGGGCCCGGACCGCGGCAGCCCCGAGUACCGGCAGCGGCGCGAGCGCAACAACAUCGCCGUGCGCAAGAGCCGCGACAAGGCCAAGCGGCGCAACCAGGAGAUGCAGCAGAAGCUGGUGGAGCUGUCGGCCGAGAACGAGAAGCUGCACCAGCGCGUGGAGCAGCUCACGCGGGACCUGGCCGGCCUCCGGCAGUUCUUCAAGCAGCUGCCCAGCCCGCCCUUCCUGCCGGCCGCCGGGGCCGCCGACUGCCGGUAACGCGCGGCCGGGCCGGGAGAGACUCACCAACGACCGAUACCUCACACCCGACGGGCCCGGCGCGGGAGCCGCCCGGCGCCGGCUGCAGUUU